AUGGAGUCUCGGCGAUCGCGCGGGCUUGCGAGGUUUUUCAGGCAGGUCCAUGCCCUCUUCCUCAAGAACCUCUCCUUCCAGAGGAGGAACGCGAAGACGAACGCCGCCAUCGCCGCGUUCCCGGCGCUGCUCUGCGUGCUCCUCGUCUCCAUCCAGCACGUGGUGGACAGCGAGCUGGAGCGGCCGCCGUGGCGGUGCGGCUGCGCCGGCGGCGAGUGCGGCAUCCAGCACUCCACGCCCGUCCAGGCGGUCAGCUGCGCGGUGCCCGUGCCGCCGAGGUGGCCGGCGCUGGUGCAGGUGCCGGACCCCGAGGCGCGCGCCCGGACGCGCCUGCACCGGCUGCCGUGCAACGCGUCGGAGAACUGCCCCGCCACCGUUCUCCUCACCGGCCAGAACCGCCAGCUUGCCGAAGUUCUUGGAAGCUUGCUGUUCCCACCUGUCCCUGUACAGUACGCCAAGGUGCCUGAUGCUUCGAAUUCCUCGGACUAUCUCGAUGAGUUCUCGAGUGUAGUCCCUGGUUCAAACUCGCUACCUGCACAUGUUCUGUUCAUUGAACCGGGUCUCGUUCCACAAGGGGCCUUUUAUGUGCUCCAACCACAGUGCCUGUUAGAUUCACGCAAUAUUUCAGGAAAUUUGGAUGGGAUCCCACUGGAAUCCGAAAUGCAGUGUGUUCAAGCUUUGCCACUGUGGUGCGAUAAUUCCUCAGUGAUAAAUCAUCAUAUGUUUAAGGGUUACAAGGGUGGUAAUAAGAGGAGAAGAUCAAACGAGUUCCUUGCAGGUUAUGACUUCCUAGAUACGAGCAAGAGGCGCUUCCAUGUAUAUGUUUGGUAUAAUUCCAGCUUCAGCAGGGAUAAUGGACACCAUACAAUGACAGUUUUGCGUGUUGCACGGUUGGUUAAUAUGGCAUCCACUGCAUAUUUGAACCUUUUUGGAGGACAAAAUGUGGAAAUGCGCCUUGAAUAUUUGAAAGAAAUGCCCAAGGCUGCUACCCCAAUGAGGCUGGAUCUCACCACUCUGCUAGAUGCACUAUUCUUCACUUGGACGGUUCAACUCCUACUUCCAGUAAUAUUGGCAUAUCUUGUUUACGAGAAGGAGCAGAGACUAAGACUAAUGAUGAAGAUGCAUGGGCUGAAGGAUGCUCCUUAUUGGUUGAUAUCUUAUGCCUAUUUCUUAUCACUUUCAACAGCUUACAUGAUGUUCUUCAUGAUCUCUGGGUUCGCUAUAGGGUUAGAUAUCUUCAGACUAAAUAGCUACAUCAUACAAUCUUUGUUCUACUUCAUAUGUAUCAACCUGCAGAUCGUGCUUGCUUUUCUGCUGGCAUCUUUCUUCUCAUCUGUCAAAAUAGCUACUGUAAUUGGUUACAUAUAUGUCUUUGGCUCUAGCCUUCUUGGUGAAGCUCUUUUGAAGAUAUUCAUCGAGGAUGCUACCUUCCCAAGGAUGUGGCUUGUAAUAAUGGAGCUUGUUCCUGGGUUCUCUCUCUACCGGGGAAUAUAUGAGCUUUCUGAGUAUGCUGCUGCAGGAAGAAAUAUGGGAAAGCCUGGGAUGAGAUGGGCAGACUUGAACAACCCGGUUAACGGGAUGAAAGAUGUUUUGAUCCUAAUGUCUACUGAAUGGAUAAUUCUCCUUCUUGUGGCAUUUUUGCUGGACCAUGGACCUACAUGGCAGCCUCUAUUUCUCUUUGGAAUUCUAUCGACAAAACAUUCCUCACCUUCGGAGAAACCAAACAAAUUGAAGAGGGGAUCCAUGAGGGUCCAUGUUGAUAUGGCAAAGCCUGAUGUGUUCCAAGAGCGAAAGUUGGUGAAACGAUUAUUGAAGGAUAUGGACAUGAGGAAUAUGAUCAUCUGCCAUAAUCUAAAGAAAGUGUACCCUGGAAAGAAUGGUAACCCUGACAAGCAUGCUGUUAGAGGAUUGUCGCUAGCUUUGCGCAAAGGGCAGUGUUUUGGGAUGCUCGGUCCCAAUGGGGCAGGGAAGACAUCCUUCAUAAACAUGAUGAUCGGCCUUCUGAUACCGACUUAUGGAACUGCUUACAUUCAUGGAAUGGAUUUGAGGACAGAUAUGAAUGAAAUUUAUGCAAAUAUCGGCGUAUGUCCACAGCAUGACUUGCUUUGGGAGACCCUGACAGGAAGAGAGCACCUGAUGUUCUAUGGCCGAAUGAAGAAUCUCACAGGUGCAGCUCUAACACAGGCAGUAGAAGACUCCCUGAAGAGUGUAAAUCUGUUCCACAGCGGUUUCGGUGACAAAUCUGUAAGCAAGUACAGUGGUGGCAUGAAGAGAAGGCUCAGCGUCGCCAUCGCCCUCAUCGGCAAUCCUAAAGUUGUUUACAUGGACGAACCGAGUACUGGGCUCGACUCGAGGUCGAGGAACGAUCUGUGGAGCAUCAUCAAGCGAGCGAAGAAGGAUUGCACCAUCAUCCUCACCACACAUUCCAUGGAGGAGGCUGAGGAGUUGUGUGACCGCGUCGGCAUCUUCAUCAAUGGAAACUUCCACUGCAUUGGAACCCCGAAUGAGCUGAAGGCGAGGUACGGCGGCGCCCGGGUGCUGACGAUCACGACGGCGCCGGAGCACGAGGCGGCGGCGGAGCGGCUGGUGGUGAGGCAGCUCUCGCCGGGGCGCGCGGCGAGGAUCUACGGCGUGUCGGGCACGCAGAAGUUCGCGGUGCCCCGGCGGGAGGUGUCGCUGGGGCGCGUGUUCGGCGCGGUGGAGGCGGCGCGGCGGGCGUUCCCGGUGCUGGGGUGGGGCGUGGCGGACGCGACGCUGGAGGACGUGUUCGUCAGGGUGGCCAAGGAGGCCCGGGCGUUCGACGUGCUCUCGUAGGGAGUGGCUGGCUGCCUCUCCGCCGUAGGCUGUAGCUUGGUGACGCCGCCGGCAUAGAAGGUUUUCCAUUCCUUAGGGUUGAGA